AUGACGACGACAACGACGAGCAUAGCGGCCGCCGCGGGCGGUGGCCGAGGCGAGGAUCGGGUGCUGGCGGCGGCGCAGCAUAUUGUGAAGAGCCUGGGGAACACGCCGAAGGAGGUGCGGGAGGAUAUGCUGUUGAUCUUCUCCAGCUUUGAUAAUCGGCUGUCCAAUUUGACGAGUAUGAUCAGCGACGAAUCGAAGGCGGAGGACGACCGGUUCGAGGCGGCGGAGAAGGUGAUUCUCCGGUGGGAGACGAAUCCCGAGGCGACGAGGAGCGCGGUUGUCUGGGAGGAGUCGCCGAACGAGUCGUUGGAGUAUUUGUCCGCCGUGGAUGAGAUCCUCAGCCUCAUGGAGGGGCUUUCAGUCGGGUCGGAUCACGAGGUUUCGGACCGGGCCGAGAACGCGAUCCAAAUCGCGAUGUCGAGGCUGGAGGACGAGUUCCGUCACAUUCUGAUCCGGAACACUGUGCCGUUGGACUCCGAGCGCCUCUACGGCUCGAUCCGGCGGGUCUCGCUUUCCUUCGCGUCGUCGCAGGACGGCGAUUUCGUGGAGGAGUUCGAGAGCUUCGGCGAGAUGGACGGCAGGUUCCACGAGCGCGGCGGCAGCUUAGGCGAUGAUGUGUGUGUUGAUUUGAUUCAUCCGGAUGCGGUUGUGGAGUUGAAGGAGAUUGCGUACCGGAUGAUUCGCUCCGGUUACGAGAAGGAGUGUGUUCAGGUGUACAGUAGUGUCCGGCGAGACGCUUUGGAUGAGUGUUUGGUGAUUCUCGGAGUUGAGAAGCUGAGCAUUGAGGAGGUGCAGAAGAUUGAGUGGAAGGUGCUCGACGAGAAGAUGAAGAAGUGGAUACACGCUGUGAAAAUCGGGGUUAGAGUUUUGUUAAUCGGAGAGAGGAGGCUUUCGGAUCAGAUUUUCGAGGGGACAGACGAGACUAGGGAGAUAUGUUUCAAUGAGACCACCAAGGGGUGCAUUAUGCAGCUGUUGAAUUUUGGAGAGGCUGUUGCCAUUGGGAGAAGGUCUCCCGAAAAGCUGUUUCGGAUUCUAGAUAUGUAUGAUGUGCUGGCAGAUGUUUAUCCGGACUUGGAGCAGAUGGUGAGUGAUGAAUUUGUGGUUGCUGAGGCAAAGGGAGUGUUGGAUGUACUCGGUGAUGCGGCUAGAGGGACCUUUGCUGAGUUUGAGAAUGCCGUUCAGGGUGAGGCCAGUAAGAAACCAAUGCUGAGUGGAGAGAUUCACCCCAUUUCGCGGUAUGUCAUGAACUAUGUGAGAUUGCUGGUUGAUUACAGUGAAACUCUGAAUUUUCUUUUGGAUACCGGAGAUGAUGAGUUACAGAGUUUGCCAAAUGAUGAUUUGGGAAUAGAAAGUAUGUCUCCAAUAGGACGUAGGCUUUUGCUGUUGAUAAAUAAUUUGGAGUCCAAUCUUGGGGAGAAAUCUAAAGUUUAUGAGGAUGGAGCACUCCAAUGUGUGUUUAUGAUGAAUAACAUUCAAUACAUAGUGCAGAAAGUGAAAGAUUCUGAGCUUAGAAAGCUCUUGGGAGAUAAUUGGGUUCGCAAACGCCGUGGCCAGGUGCGCCAGUAUGCUACUGGUUAUCUUAGAGCUGCUUGGAGCAAGGCACUUUCCUGUUUGAAAGAUGAAGGAAUUGGCGGCAGCACAAGCAAUGCUUCUAAAAUGGCUUUGAAGGAAAGGUUUAAGAAUUUCAAUGCCAACUUUGAAGACCUGUAUAGAACCCAGACAGGUUGGAAGGUUCCCGAUGCUCAGCUUCGCGAAGAGCUUCGUAUAUCUAUAUCAGAGAAGGUUAUUCCUGCUUAUCGGUCCUUUAUGGGGAGGUUUGGGAGUCAGCUAGAGAGUGGAAGGCAUGCUGGGAAAUAUAUAAAGUACACUGCAGAUGAUUUGGAGAGCUAUGUGUUGGAUUUAUUCGAAGGGACACCUUGUGUUCUGCACCAUCUUAGAAGAAAAAGUACAUAGGAUGCAUUCGCCCUUUGUAACAGAACCAUGUUCUUGGCGAAAUGAGGAGGCUGUAAGAUGUGAAGAAGUAUCAGUUGGCAAUAUUGAGAGGUCACUGACUUCACCUGUACGGGGUGUGUUGCGAUUCAAGAUUAAGAUUGUCAUGAGAAAGAGAGAAUUUGCUCGUGUUUUUGGCUUUUUACUAUGAUUCAUUCAUUUCAU